UUACCAAAUACAAAUAAAUAAAAAAUAGUGUCAGCCCAAAGACAACUCAAACCGAAAUACAAAUUGUAAUGACGACCCAAAUAAAUCCCACCCUUGGGUAAACGGUAAACCCGUCUCGACCUAAUUCUGUCCGAGCAGGUUCAGUCCCUAUUUUGUCUUCGGUUAUACCAUUAUUAUUAUUUUGAAUGACAAGAAAUUAGCCAGUAACCAGUAGGUACGUAUAAACAUAUUUACGAGUUCCACCUGUUUCUCGCUCUCGUCUUGAAAGACCAGCGCCACCACCACGCUUUUAGCUCUUCCAUUGCCAUAUCGAAUCCAAUCCGUUCUGAUGCUGCGAUUUGCAUUGCAAAAAAUUUCUGGACACUCCACGCAAAGGAUUUUUCUUCCUGCAACAUCAACGUUGAUGAGAGGUUGCUCCUUUGCUACAUAUGAGGUUAUUCCAAAAGGACAAGGAAGAGAAGCACACUGUGACCACGUUGUGAAGGAUCAAUGUAAUAACCAAGUCGCGAAUCUUUAUCCCAAGCCAAAUGUUGGAGGUCAACAGAAGCUCCAAAUUGGGCAGAAUGUCUCAAGAAAGGACAAAAUUAAGUUUCUUGUCACCACACUUCUUGAUCUCAAAGACAGUAAAGAAGCUGUCUACAGUGCUCUUGAUGCGUGGGUUGCUUGGGAGCAGAAUUUUCCUAUUGGACCUCUUAAAAAUGUAAUCCUUGCUCUUGAGAAGGAGCAUCAGUGGCAUAGAGUUGUUCAGGUUGUUAAAUGGAUGCUAAGCAAGGGGCAGGGAAACACAAUGGGAACAUAUGGACAACUAUUACGAGCUUUAGAUAUGGAUAAUAGAGCAGAUGAAGCUCAUCAAUUUUGGGUGAAGAAAGUUAGUGCUGAUCUACAUUCAGUGCCUUGGCAGUUAUGCGGCCUCAUGAUAUCAGUAUACUAUCGAAACAACAUGCUGGAGAAUCUUGUGAAGCUUUUCAAAGGCUUGGAAGCUUUUGGUCGCAAGCCUACAGACAAAUCAAUAGUUCAAAGGGUAGCAGAUGCAUAUGAGAUGUUAGGUUUACUUGAAGAGAAAGAAAGGGUUCUUGAAAAAUACAAAGAUGUUUGUACCAAAAUAGAGAAAGGUCAUAAGAAAUCUAAGCAGACUUCAUUGAAGAAAAAGAAGGAUUCUGGACGGGGAAGACCUAGACAGAGACAGACAUCGACUUCAAAUAACCUUGUCAGCACCAUGGAUGGCCCAGAAUUAGUGAGAUGAGGAUGGGUUUUGCUUCCCAUAUUGGAACUGGUAAAUUUAUUUCGUCAGCUAUUAUAAUAGUACUUUGGACGACAACAGGCUCCAAAGUUUUCAUCGGUUGGAAAAUCAUUGUGUGAAUACAUCCGUUGGUUCAGAAAUACCACUGCGUAUCAUCUGAAUUAAGAGUGCAUUAUCAUUCUCAACCUCUACAUUUCGGUAACCUCUAUCCCACGCUAAUUGGAGCCCUUCCAAUAACGAGCGAGCUUCAGCUUGGAAUAUCGAAACAUCACAAACUUCUUAGCAAAUCCCAAAAUCCAUUCCCCAGCAGAGUUCCGCAGGAGACCUCCUACUGCUGCAAUAUUUAUAUCCAAAUCGACCAAUCCAUCCGAAUUUAAUUUAACCCAAUUAUCCUUCGGUGCUGUCCACUGCAUACUAUCAUCACUCAUCAUCUCAAUUUUCCUGUUAGCCAACGUAUCAUUGUACAAUCGCGCCCAAGAUAAGGCAGUCCGCAUCAAUUCCUUAGAAUCGCGUUGGAUGAUAGUCAACAGAGAAUUGGCCUAAAAUCUUUCUAUGCUUGAACUCCUUUGGUAUCUAGUGAUUGUCAAACAUUAUUGUAAAUUAUGUAUUUCUAUUGAUAUAUUAAUUACUGAUCAAGAGUUUUGAUCUUA